AUGACCUCUGCAUCGACUCCCACGAGAACUGUUCCUGAGCAGCAAGAGAUGGAGACGAUUGGUGGAUUAGGGGUUAUACUUCCUAUUGGCGUCAAAGGAAUGAAACACGCAGGGGCGGAUGAUAAGGAUACCCGUGUCCGAUUUGCGUUCUCUCCUUCGCCCAGCAUGCGCGAGCCUCCCGUGAAAGUUUUGAACCAGAAGACUACGAAGGAUGACGGCAAAAAGUCUGUCGCGGCCGAGGAGGCCACGAAGCUUAGUGCUGAUAUGCCGGCAGUUACACCUGCUGCUUCUCUCAGCGGUGCUGCUAAUCCUCUCGCCAGGUUUAUGCAGCUAAAACCUGGACAGUGGAAGUGUACUGGAUGCCGUGUCUUGAACGAGGCUACCAGUGGCAGAUGUCCAUGUUGUGGAACCGCUCGAUCUGAUGGUGGCUCUGCGGCAAAAGCUCGUACUGCACUGUUGAAGACGACUGAAAAGUGUCCUUUGACUGGACUUAGCUUUGGUACAACCACCGAAGCUACAGCGGCCGCAGACAAGGGUACUGCUACGCCGGCUGCUGGCUCAAUCACGCCUGCUCUCACAAGUUUUAGCACUGCGUCGUCUCCGCAACCGAUGGAAUCCACAGCGUUCUGUUGGGCACCUUCCACAACGAGCUUUGGUACUGCGUCGUCAGCUUUUGGGUCGAGCUCAUCUGGUGGCGCUGAUUCCAGCUCCACUGCGGGAGGGUUCGGUAGUACUUCGGCUGCUGCUCCCUCGACUCCGUAUGGCAGCUCCACGUCUUCGUUGCAAGCUGCACCGCCAUUUCUUUUCGGAGGAUUUAGUCAAGCACAAACUGCGACUACGCCGACAAACACCCAGCCGACGCUCGCUUUCAGUGCGUCGAGUGCCCCAGCUCCUAACGGCUUUGAAACGGUGGUCCAAGUGGUGGAUUCGGCACUACAUUUGUUGCUCCUGCGCCAGGCAGUGGAUUCGGCAAUGGCCCACCGAGCUUGCACCGGCGGUCCAAGCGGUGGAUUUGGAACUAUAUUUGAUGCUCCUGAGACAGGCAGUGAAUUCGGCAAUGGCCCACCGAGCUCUGACUUUCUCCCUCCAACUCCGACCUCUGCAUCUCCAACUCCGACCUCUGCAUUUGGUGCAUUUAUCGCGCCCUCUGCUGUCUCAUUCAGCAUUGGUGUUGCACCGGAGCACGCCAAAGGUAGACGCAUUUUGAAGGCCAAGAGUCGCAAACGUAGAACGUCGUAA